AUGAAACAACAACUUAAUGUUGCUUUACUAGUAGCAGAUACACCCAUACCUAAAGUAUUAGAAAAUUAUGGAGAUUAUUAUGUACAAUUUACAAAACUUUUGAAUGAUUCAAUAAACUUUGAAAAUAAAAAUGAACACUAUUUAAUAAAUUUAAAGAAAUUUGAUGUUGUGAAUGAAAUGAACUAUCCAAGUGAUAAAGAAUUAAAAGAAGAUAUUGAUGCUAUAAUAAUUACAGGCUCUUCCUUUUCUGUUUACGAAGAUGUUCCUUGGAUUCAUAAACUUGACAAUUUUAUUUCUUUAAUUUAUAAUAAUUAUCGUAAAGUCAAAUUAGUUGCUGUCACUAAUGUUUAUUUGAGUGAAGCAGGAAAACAUAUUUUUAAAACUAAUAAAAAAGUUUUGCGUCUUCAAGAAAUGCAUCAGGAUCAUGUAACAAAAAUGCCAUCAAAUUUUAUCAAUUGGGGAAGUACAGAUGUAUCACAAAUACAAGGAAUGUUUAAAGAAGGACAUGUCUUGACUGUUCAAGCUCAUCCUGAAUUUGUUAGUGGAGAGGUGAAGGAAAUAAUUAAAAAUCGUUUGGAAAAGAAAAUUUAUACAAAAGAAUUUGCAGAUCAAAAAAUCAAAGAUGCAGAUUUAGAAAUGAAAUUCAAAGAUGGUAAAGAUGAAUGA